AUGGCCUCGCAGCCUGCAUCGACCGCGCCAUCCACCACCACCGCCAAGCCCGUCGCGGCCCGCCCCGUCUUUCCCCUCAGCCAGGUCGAGCUCCAGCGGUGGUACCGCUUCGCGCAGAGGGGCGGCGUCGGACGGGCGCGCGCCAGGGUCGACAAGGUCUCGCAAGAUGCGGCGCGCGACCUCAUGUUCCUCGAGGGAGACGAGGUCGUCGUCCUCAUGGAUCUCGGCGGGUCGAGCUACCUCGGCUUCUGCGAGGGCGUGACGGGCCUGUUCAACGGCGCCGACGUCGUCAUGCAGCAGGCCAGGCUCAAGCGGCCUGUCGUGUCCACCCGCUCCUCGUCGGCGACCUCGCGCCCGGCUGCUCCUCCCGAGCAGGCGCUCCCAGGACGAGGAAGCAGCAUGUCGCGCACGGCGGCGGCGGAGAGUGGGGCGGCGAGGGCGCGGAGCAGAGCUGUGGGCGAGCCGGACGUCGAGGUCAUCGCCGACCGGUCGACUACGCUCGGCGGGUCGCUCAGCAGUCGGCGAGGGUGGGUGGCGGACGGGUUGCGCAUCGCGGCGGCUGAGGGUCGGACGGGAGGGGGCCGAGCAGGGCGCGUCGUCGACGCCGCGCCGCAGGAGGACGUCCAGGAGAUCCUCACCAACGCCUACUCGCCCGAGCUCGCCGGCGCUUUCGCCUCCCCUUCCCUACCUAGCCCCAGCACGUCCUCCCUUCGCCGCGCUCGCACCUACGCCGACUCGCCUGCGCCCUCGAGCACCUCCACCGGCAUGGCCCGCACCCCGUCCCUCCUCAUGUCGCCCUACUCGGACUUUGUCGACCGCGAGCGCGACGACGAGUCGGUCUCGUCGAUGAGCGGCCACGGCCUCACGCCGGCGCAGGGCCCGUUCACGCCCGUCGAGCCGGGCAGUGCGUGGCAGCCUCUUCGCGACGAUGCCAAGGCGGCGCAGCCACGCAGUCGAGGAGCGCCAGACCUGCGCGACGGCCCGACGCCGACGACCGAGUCGUUCCCGCUCGACGCGUUUCCGUUGCCGGCGUUCGGCGACCUGAGCAUGGACGACGCCGCGCAGGUGGCGUACUCGUCGCCCAUCGAGCAGCUGUCCGACGAGCUAUCGUCCAACCAGCGGCGGCAGCAGCAGCCCGGCGCUCGCCGUCCGUCGCACGCCCUCGCCGCGUCCGGCGUGCCCGUCCCCCUCUCCUCGCCUCGGCAGGCCCCCUCUCCCUUUUCCUUCUCGCCCUCCAGCUCCGCGACGUCGGCUCUCCCUCCUUCGCUCCUCUCGUCGACCGACCUGUACGCCGAUCGCAGCCCUCGCGAGCCCAAGUCGUCCGGCUCGACCAUCGGCAGCACGAGCACGAGCGGCCAGCACGUCCCCGGCACGCCGACCGACGACCCGACGCUCGCCUUCAUCUUCGACGCGUACCGCUACUCGCUGGCGCAGGCGCCCGACCGCGACCGAGGCGCCGACUCGCCGGCUCGCAGCCUGCGCGACCUGGGCGGUCUCGGCGCGCUCGAGGAGCUCGCCGACGUCGAGUCGCCUCCUCGAGCAGCCGCCGACGACGCCUCGACGCUGCGCACGUACGGCGCGGCGUCGCACCUCCGCCGCGGCCUCUCGAGCGCCGCGCCGUCCUCCUCCACUGCGCCCGACCCCCCGCACCACCGCCCCGCAGCCUCGUCCUCGUCCCUCGCCUCGCUUGACAGCGUCCGCAUCCCGCGCCUGUCCGAGGUGUUCCCGCGUUCGGGCACGCUCGACUCGCUCGCGAGCUGGGCGACCGAGACGAGCGGCGGCGCGAGAGGCCCGGGCGGGAGGGGCAGCGUGUCGGCCGAGGCGCGGUACGCCAUGUGGUCGCCGCCGACGCCGAGCAAGGACGUCUACCUGCGUCGGCCGGCCGAGCACGAGCGGCGAGCGGCCGAGGCGCAGGGCGAGCCGGCCGUGGCGGCGCAAGUCGAGCGAGCGGCGGCGGCGGCGGCGGCGGACGACACGGCCGAGCAGGAGGGGCCCGAGCGCACGACGAGUCGCCGCGAGCAACAGCGCUCGGUCCCCAUGACCGACGCGGCGCACCUCGAGCAGGACUUGGCGGCGUCGCGCCGGCUCUUCCACCAGCACUUCUCGCCGCCGCAGGAGCUCGUCGCCGCCGCCGCCCAGCAGGCCAAGCUGUACGACCAUGGGCGGUACGGCAGCAUCGACGAGCUGCCGUCGCCGUCGAGGCGGCAAGAGUCGCCCGGGCGGCUGCGGCGCAAGAGCGCAAAGGGCCUGCAGAUCUCGAGCCCGGCGGUGCCGGCUCUGCAGGCCGUCCCGCGGUGGCGCAGCGCCGAGGGCGCCUCGCCGGUCGAGCAGUCGCUCCCAGCUGCGCCGGGCGACGUCUUUGCGCCGUCGGCGCCGUCGUCAGCGUCGAUGCCGCACGUCGAGGUGUUCGGCGCGAGCCCGAGCGCCGGCUCUCGCACCUGGGCGUCGCCUCGCCUGCGCGACCUGAGCCAAGACUCGCAGGCGCUCUUGCCCUCACUCGAGAGCACGGCCUCGCCGACCGUCAGCUCGCCGCAGACGUUCACGUCGGCCACCUCGAGCCCGGUCGCGCCGUCGUUUGAAGACCCGCAGGACCGCGCCGACGCCCGUCGUCGCCCAUCCGGCAGCGGCACGAGCCUGUCCAAGAAGCUGCGCAAGCCGCUGCACCGCGCCAAGUCGUCGCCGUCGCUCGGUCGGCAGCAGAACGACCCGUCGACCUCGUCGUUCCCAUCCGGCGGCGGAACGCGUCCGCCCGUGCCGACCCGGCAGGGCAGCGACCCGUUCUUCGCGGCGGCGGCGGCGGCGGCCAAGGACAAGACGGCGACGUCGUUCUCGUCGUCGUCCAAGGACUCGAGCGAGCGGCGACGGGUCGACUACAGCGCCGGCAUCUCGUCCAAGGACUUUGAGGAGGAGACGGUCCAGAUCGGCAAGAGCGAGUUCGAGAUCGUCAAGCCGCUCGUCGCGCUCCUCUCGCAGCCGAGCGAGUCCGACGACGGUUCGGCAGAGUCAUCGUCGGCGCACGUUCCUCCUUCCGCCGUCGACCACGUCACGCCUCGACGCCCGACGGCGCCGCCACCGCCGCACACGCCGGGCAACAACCUCGGCCUCUCGACACCGUCGCUCUCGCACUUCUCGCCGCCGACGCCGGCGUCUGUCGAGGACGGCGGCCAGCACGCCCUCGACGACUACCGCAAGAAGGAGGCGCAGUGGGUCGCCGCGCUCGGCAGCAUGUCGCCGACGCAGGUCCGCAAGAGCAAGAAAAUGCGGGCGCUCGUGCAGGCCGGCGGCGUCCCGAGCAGUGUGCGCGGCAAGGUGUGGGCAUUUUUGGCUGAGGGGAGCGUCGAGAAGCGGCAGGGCGUUUACCAGUCGCUGUGCAAGGUCGCUUCACCCGCAGUUCCGCCACUCGUCGAGGAGGACCUGUCGGCGACGCUCGACCACCCGCAAUUCGCCUACGGCUCGGCAGGGCGCUCCGACAUCUUCCAGGUGCUCCAGGCCUUUGCGCACUUCCUUCCCCUCGACUACUACCCCGGCCUCGGCUCGGUCGUCGGCCUCCUCCUCUCGCAGAUGCCGGCCGAGGACGCCUUCUGGACGCUCGUCGCCCUCGUCCAAGAUUAUGGUCUGCGGCAGUACUUCCCGUCGGCGCAAGACGAGCUGCGGCUCGAGACGUUGGCGUUCGAGUUCCUCCUCGAGGCGAUGGAGCCCAAGCUGGCUCGACGACUGCGCGAGCUCUCGGUUCCGCCGUCCGACUACCUCGCCGUCUGGCACUCGACCCUGUACCUCACCGUCCUUCCUCAGCCUACCGUCCUCCGCAUCGUCGACCUCCUCCUCUUUGACGUCAAGGCGCGCCACCGUGUCGCUCUCGCCCUCCUCGACCUGUCGCACCUCGACGACCACACCGCCUUUCCCUCGCGCGACGCCGCCCUCAACCACCUCCUUGCGCCGCCGCCAACCGCCUUCACGCCCACGCUCCUUUUUCCUGCCAUCGCGUCGACCAAGGUGAGCGACGACAAGCUCAAGAAGGCGUUCGUGAAGGCGGCCAAGGCCCUCGAGACCUGA